CGCGACGCGAAGGCACUCUACGUCGGGGCCUUGUUAAAAGUGAGUAUGGCAUCUUUGUUGUUGUUGCCUCUGCCCCGUUCAGCACCUCGCCAUCGCGGUGGGCGUGUGGCGCUGCCACGCUCAGCCUCGCUCGCCCACCUACCUCGGCCACCCGCGCAACUUCCGCUAACAUCAGAUUCUGCAACGGUUCGAAGACCGGGAUCCCGAUGCGCGCGCAUGGAGCCAAGAGCUGGAAGCAAUGGGCCCUCUGCCGCGGGCGCAAUCUCCCGCGUCCUCCGAAAGCAGCUUCCACUCGUCGCGCGCGUCGCCGCCCCCCGACUCCGGAUCGGGGGGGUACUACCCACCACCCGAUCCGUCGCUGCCUGCGCCGGACGUCGCGCCGAACAUAAUCCCCCCGAGCGCACUCACGCCGUCGCACCGCUCGCUCGUCAACAUCCCGCCCUCGUACCCGUACUCGGACACGGGCAACGCAGCGCCGCUGGCGCCGAGCAUCGGCUCGCGCCCGCAAAGCUUGUUCGGCGGCUCCGCGCCGGACCGGGACCACCUCGCGGCGCUGCGCGCGCGCCGCGCGCCCGCCUCGGGCCUGGGCUACGUGCCCGAAAGCCCGUCGGGCCCCUCCCACCCGCUGCCGGCGCAAGCGCCGCCGCGUCCCGCGUCGCACCAGCCGCACCAGCACAUGGCGCCGCCGCCGUUUGGGCCGCCGCGGUUCGCGUCUGUCCCGCCCGGCGCGCCGUACGCGCGCGACUUUGGCACGCCAGACAUCUUCGCCAUGCCCGCCGCGCAAAGCCCGUACCAUCCCAGCCCGUAUGCGCGGCCCGCGAGCGCGAGCACGUACAGCGUGCAGCCGCUCAACUUGCCCGCGACGCUGCAGCAGAUCCACACGUCGCUGCAGGCGCUGCAUGAGCGGCUGGCGACGUUGGAGCGGACGCAGAGCGCGCUGCUGCGGCGCGAGGAGCGGCGCGACGGGCGCGGGUGGUGGCCCUUCUCGUUUAGUGGCGAGGAGGAUGUGCUCGACGACGCCGAGAUGGCGGCCGAGCGCGAGUGGGAGCAGUACGACGAGAGCCGCGGCGCGUGGGCCCCGUACUCCCCUCACAGCCACAGUACGACCAUCCGGCUGCGCAAGAAGAAGGGGCUGACGGCGCGCGUCGCGUGGGCGCUCAUUACCGCCGUGAGGCGUGCGGUUAUUGGUCUCGGCGCGGCUGUGUUGGUCGGCAGCAUCGCGCUCCUGUUCGUCACACCGCGGUGGCAGCGUACACUGCAAAUUGCGAUGCGGCGCGCGCGGUUGCGCGUCGCACGCGCGCUGGCUGAUCACUAGAGGUUGGGGUGGAGGCGUAGAUGCAUAGGGCCGUAGAUACGCAGCAUGUAGUCGCAGUUUGAAUCUACAUUGUGAGAUGUAGUCUGCACACGGGGAUCAUGGCCGCGGGUGGUCCUCCCGGCUAUCUCCGCUUGAUCAGAACACCGACAGCCGAUCUCCCAUUACGC